UCGGAGAGGAUGGGAAGGGAUAAGGGAGAAUCGGAGGGAAUCCCAAGGGAAUCCUCCCAAAUCGUGGGGAUUUGGGAUGGAUUGGGUUGGGAUAGGUUGGGGAUGAAAACAUAGCUACACCCAACCUAACAAAUAUGGGUAUCCCUAAAACCAACAAAGUGUCAACACACAAAAUUGUGCCGACCGAAUUGCAGCCUAUCUCUAACACACCCCCUAGGCUGCAACGUCGGAAGCCGUAGGGACGCCAAGUCCCAUGAACGCUUGAAGGGAAUGGUUUCGAAAUUCGCCACCGCCAUCGGAAUGGAGGCACUUGACUGAAGUGCGGAAAUGAUUUUGGGCUUGUCGAACCCAUGCGAUGACGACAUCUGGAACAGCUGCUUUGGAGGAGAGACGAAUUCAAGCGGUUUAGAUGGUGUUUGUGGAGACGCCGAGUACUGGGAACUGGUUUCAUUGAUCAUGGGAAGGCCAGGGAACAACAGGUUGAGACGAACAUCAGGACUAGGGGCAUGAACGGCUGAGUCCUGACUAUCCUGUGCCUCAACCUGGUUGAGUUGGCGCAUGCGAAGCCAGUUGGGCGGCUUGGAGUUGAUACCAUUCUUGGCGAACCAGUCGUCGUCCUUCUUUUUGAAACAGGUGGCGAGCGGGUGAUUGGUGCCGCCGCACACUUGACCCGCACGGGGUCCCAUUUUGAUGACGUAAGGACAGGGGCACUCCUCCAGACGCACUUGAAACAAGCGGGGGAUGAGGAUCGCCACCCCCACAGCGGUUUUGUUGAGGAAGCGGUCGUUGAGGUACUCCCAGAUGGCGUGCGCGGAGGGGUAGUUAUGGUAAGUUUUGACGAGCUCGGAAGGGGUAGUGCCGACGAAGACGCCAAUGAUAGCGGCGUCGGCUUGCUCCCACACGCUGUAAGAUUCUUCAUACUUGGACAUGGAUUCCUCAUGGGUUUUUAACUCUUCCCCUGUGGCUGUGGCCGAGAGCCUCUUGGGAAGGAUCGGCAUCUUUCCUUUGCCGCGAUUGAGGAGGACAUCCUUGAGGCAAAUCCCCUCAAUUUUGCGGCUUAGGAGAUGCUUAUCAACCCCAUAGCUCCAUUCCUUGAAGUUCGGGCUCGAGCCAUUAGGGUCGAGGCGCAAGGGAGUGAUCGGGUUUGAGAGAGACGCGGAAGGAUACGCCAUGAUGCUCCAAGGACCCUUUCUCCGCGCGUAGCGCAGCUCUUAAGUCGCCGAUAGGCACUUCGCGAAAAACAGGAUUUCCCUUUGCGGAUUUUCAACACUCGGAGAAGAGGAAUAGCCGAUAAAGAGGGAAAUCUGAACGCCGAAAAUCUAUGGAAACCCGCGAUGUGCUGCUGCAAUCCCGCUGCUCCGCGACCCCCCCUUUUCCGCUUCG